UGUGCUUCAACUUCUUCAAGAACAACCAACUUGGAAGGAAACCAUGUUUAAGCAACCGUCUCCUCCACCCUUCCUCUUUCUUAACCAUGGCCCCACAGCACAAGUCUGACAAAAUGACUAUUGGUUCUUCGUUCCUCAAUCAUUCCUCUUGGUUUCCCAUUUCCCAAAUACAGAUAGAUUGAGAGAACAAGCUGGGCUGAACUCAGUUUCCCUGUCAUAUGAGCAGAGCGACUAGCCAUGGAAACGCAGAUGACUUCGUCGGAAGAUUCCGGAGAAAUCAAGGGAAACCCAAAAAGAGAAGUACUUAUUAAGGAUGUGUUGAGGAAUCCAAAUUUUAAUGAAGAUAAUAGCUCCCCAAGGAGUGUGUUGGAAAUCCCUGUUUUGAGUUCCGAUUUAGAAAAUAGUAGCAGUAGUCGCAGUUCCUCAUCUAUGGAUAAAUUGAUCGGACACCAGGGCUUGGUUACAGAAUCAAAUGGUUCACAGUGGAGGAAUUUUCUUGAUAACAUAAAAAGGAAAUCCGUAAGAAGGUUUUCUUCGUUUCCGAGAAGGAGUUUACGCAGAAAACUCGCCCGGAUUCGCAGUGCAGAAGAGCGAAUCGAAUACGAGGAACCAACCAUGCCAAAACCUUCUUGGAGGAACUUUAGCUACGAGGAACUCGCCGCUGCCACCGAUAAUUUCAGUUCUGAGAAGUUGAUCGGGAAAGGAGGCCACGCGGAGGUCUACAAAGGGUGCCUAGGUGAUGGUCAGGUAGUGGCAGUGAAGAGGUUAACCAGGAAAGAGAAAGCAGAGGAGGAAAGGAUCGCCGAUUUCUUGUCGGAGCUGGGAAUCAUAGCCCACAUUAAUCACCCCAAUGCGGCGCGUUUGCUUGGCUUUGGUGUGGAACAGGGUUUGCACCUCGUCCUCGACUUCUCCUCUCAUGGCAGCCUUGCCUCUCUCCUCCACGGUUCAAAAAAACCUUUGGAGUGGACGAUAAGGUUUAAGGUUUCAUCAGGGGUGGCAGAAGGGUUACACUACCUCCAUCGUGGCUGCAAUAGACGUAUAAUUCACAGAGACAUCACAGCCUCUAACAUAUUAUUGACCCAAGAUUAUGAACCUCAGAUUUCUGAUUUUGGACUAGCAAAAUGGUUACCAGAACAAUGGAGUCACCAUAUAGUUUUCCCCAUAGAGGGGACAUUUGGAUACUUGGCACCAGAGUAUUUCAUGCAUGGGAUUGUUGACGAAAAAACAGAUGUUUUUGCCUUUGGGGUGCUACUACUGGAGCUCAUAACAGGUCGACGUGCUCUCGACUCUUGUCGUCAAAGCCUUGUGAUGUGGGCAAAGCCACUACUUGAUGAAAAUAAAAUGGAAGAAUUAGUGGAUCCUUGUCUGGGACAUGAUUAUGACAUUAUUGAAAUGAAGCGUAUGAUCUUGACGGCAUCAAUGUGCAUUCACAACUCAUCCACCAUGAGACCACACAUGAGUCUGGUAUUGCAGCUGCUGAGGGGUGAGAAUGGAACAAUGGACGUGACUGGAAGGAAAAUAAAGCCAUUACUUUUGGAUGCCUUUGAAUUGGAUGACUAUACUAUUUCUACUUACCUCAAAGACCUCAACAGACAUAAGCAACUUGCAUUAGAAUAAUAGUUGUAGCUAGUACUGUGAUUUUUAUUUUAUUUUUGGAUGAAUUUAGCUAGUACUGUGAUUUGCUUUCCUUUUGUGUACCCUAUGUUGUGUAAAUUUAAUGGGAUCAUGUGUAUUCCACAAGAAAAAAAAAAAAAAAAAGGGUCAUAUUCAGUUCA